AUGAUGAACAAAUGUGAAAAAGUCGAACUGCUAAGAAAUUGUAUAGGGAGAACAAGAGUUAAAACGUCAGUUGCUUUGGACGGUCUAGUUUCAUUUGCUGAGACGUACAACGAGUACGACCCAUUAAUCACAGGUGCUCAGCCAUCUAAUCCUUGGGUGACGGACGACCCAACAUUUUGGACGUUCAAUUGCCCAAUGGUGGAAGCUAUAACCGAAAAGCGUAUAAAACGUUGGGCUCUAUCAAUGGAAGAUUUAGUGUCCGAUGCAACAGGUCUCUACGAGUUCACAAAUUAUCUCCGGAAGGAAUACAGCCACGAAAACAUUAGGUUUUGGUUGGCGGUCAAUGAUUUGAAACGAAGCUGUCAGUCACAAAUCCUGCAAAGAGUCAAAGAAAUAUAUGAUGAGUUUCUAGCGCCCGGUGCUCCGUGUGAAAUCAAUAUUGACGGAAAGACGAUGGAAAGAACGCAUAAAGAAAUGAAAAUCCCGUCGAGAUUUACGUUCGAUGGUGCUGCGGAACACGUGUAUACAUUACUCUUGAAAAAAGACUGUUAUCCUAGGUUCAUAAGGUCGGAGCAUUACAAAAAUCUGCUCGCUAAUGGAGUCCAGCCCUCGGCCAGACGAAGAUUUUUCGGGCUGGUCGGCGGCGCUGCCAACAAAAAGGUAGAUUGCAAAGAUCGCAUCAUAAGAAGCACUGUUGGAUGUUCAAGCACACAGGGUACGUCAUCGUCAUCGGUUUUACAAGCGAAUCAGUCGUCGUCGUGUAACAGCGCAAAACGGAGGGGCAGCGACAGGAGCCUGACCAGCUCACCACACGAGCUUCCAAUAAAUUCUGUUAAAGUCUCGCAAUCCCAUAGUCAAUCUAAUCUCAGUGACAUACCCUAUAGAGAUAACCUUAGCGGCGGCGUGGAGGAGUGCGCUGAACCGCAGUUACCCUCGAUGAUGGCGGACGACGUGUGUCCGUGGGACGUGGUUGACGGUGGUAKCUGCGACAAGAACAAGCGGCCGCUGCCGGCGUCCAUAGCCGAAGAACGUGAGCGCAGGCUGUCCACGUCGUCGUCGCGCAAAAACUCGGGCGGUGCGGCGUACGAUUCGGCGACGAGCGCGGACGAGAGCCAAUCCGAUUCGGUGGCCAGCCGUCUGCGGCGGAGCUGCGGUCUGGGCAGCGGCGGCGGCGGCGGCAGCGUGGACAAGCACCGCGGUUCGUCGGCCGCGUGCACCCCGCAACAGACGGUCGACCGGCCGUCGGUGUCGUCGGCCGAGGAUUUUGACCUCGGACCGUCACCCGACAGCAGGUCGCCCGAAAAGCAGCCAUCAACGUCACCGCACGAACCGGCCAAAGCCGCGUCUUCACUGGACGACAAGUCGAAUAGAAAAAAGCUGAUGAAAUCGCUGUCGUUGGCGAGGAAACAGAGCGUGACGCCCGUCAUUAACGUCAGCUCGGUGGACAGGGACAACGGGUGUGACCGRACCGCCGCGGACACCGUCGACGAAACGGCGGCCACCGCGGCCACGGUAGCCGAGUGCGUUACCUCCACUGCCGACACCAAACCUGGUAGCGGAACCGGUCAACCACCAGAAACCGUAGCUUGCUGCAGUGGAACGGAGCCGGCCACUGCGACUGCCACUACGGCCACGUCCAACGUCAGCGAYGGCAACGAUGUGUGCCCGUGGGAAGACGAGUGAGUUGAACCCGUUGAUCACCUCCUCAGUCCUCCC